AUGUCUUUUGAGGUUGACCAUUCACUCUACAAGCACUGUCUCUGGUCUUGGCACUGUACCCACAGCGGCUUCAGAGCUUCGAAGGUGUCGUCACCUCUCCUGAACACAACAACCAUGCCGCCAAAGGCCCCCAAACCUACCAGCGAUGAGCUUCUCGCUCAGUUCGAUGACCUCGGUCUCGGCAAAUCUGGCCAGGCACCAAAAACACCUACCAACCCCAGCGGCGGGCAGGAGGACAUCCUCGCCGAGCUGGAUCACCUCGCUGCGCAGCGUCCAGCCAGCGGACCAGGCACUCCCCGCCUGUCUAUCGACAAAGCACGACCAUCUACACGAUCUCCCCGGCCAAGCGCGACUAUCGAACGCCCAGCCGAGGACAAACCUGUCCGCCAGUCUGAAGAGGCGAGUCGACCCUUGCGCGCAGAGCCCAAGGAACAACCCAAACCUGAGCCGGAGACCGCCUCGGCGGAGCCAGCUGCGGAAAGUGGUGGAUGGUGGGGAGGCUGGGGAGGGGGCCUAUAUGCCACUGCCACUGCAGCUAUGAAGCAGGCCGAGGCGGCUGUCAAGGAGAUUCAAAACAACGAGGAGGCACAAAAAUGGGCCCAGCAAGUUAAGGGCAACGUCAGUGCCCUUCGGGAUCUCAGUGGCGAGCUGCGUGACAGGGCCAUUCCAACCUUCACCAACCUUAUUCACACCCUCGCACCCCCGAUUUCCUCGCAUGAGCGUCUCCAGAUUCACAUCACUCACGACCUGUCCGGUUAUCCGGGCAUCGACCCCCUGGUUUACGCCGUGUUUUCUCGCGUAAUGUCGCAGGUCGAAGGCGGUGAUCUCCUAGUGAUCCAGCGCGGCCAAGAAUCCUCCCCCAGGCGCCUCGAUGUCACAGGUCUCAUGACCAGUGCCGGGUGGAAUGACGGACCCUGGUGGAGAACCGUCACUCCCGGCCAACCGCGCAGCAUCAACUCGGUGCGCGGCGCGGUGGAGGGCUCAAAGCUAGCUCGGGCUAGCGCCGAGUCUUACGCUACGGAAUACUUCUCGAGCCGCGGUGGAGUGGAAGGAGCAGCUAAACAUGCCUCGGAAGUCCUCAGCGAAUCGAAUCCUGUGCGCAGCAGCGAUAUCUUCCUCGCCAUCCAGGCCAUCAGUCAGACGGUAUCCAAGGAUCUUUUCCAGGCGUCGGGCGAGGAAGAAGAGACCGAACAGGAAGAAGAAAUAUCCUUUGCUUUGUACCUUCAUGAUCCUAUUCAUGGUAUUGCUUUCCACGCGAUCUCCCAGACUAUCCCCCAGGCAUGGAUUGAAUGGCUCGACGCUUCGGUUCCCGCGCCUGUGGACGAGUCCGAUGAUGAGCAUGCGCAGCGAGUUGUUGUUCCUGAGGCUAUCGCGGAGAUCAUCGAGAGUGGAGGUGUCGAUCCCCGCGAGUGGGUUUCAGAGUGGAUCGAGGAAACUCUUUCACUGGCCGCUGGCACUAUUGCGCAGCGUUACGUGGCACGCCGGAUGGGCGUUGGAGAGGGCGGCGUUUCCAAGGGAAAGAUGCGCGCUGAACAAGCUUCUACCGUUGACAGCGGUGCGGGAGAAGCCGCACGUGCGAUCUAG